GUCACAUGACUUCAAACCAUCCUUUUCGGACCCUUUGUUGUUGGCUUUUUGGCAGGGUGCUCGUAACGAGUGUAGCGCUUUGUCUUUGCCAUACCGGUUUUUUUUUUCGAGCAUCAAUACACGCCUCAUCCAGUGGAAUAAUAAUAAGAAUAAUAAUAAAAACCUCUCUCAUUCUCACACACACACACACACACACACACUUACACGCGGUCUGCAAUCGGGAGAGGCUGGAGAGGAUUGAGAGUCGAGAUGCACACAGAGACGGCACAAAGGGGAAGGAACGACUGAAGGAGCUACGACGGAGUGUACUGGUCUGCCCACAGCAACACACUCAGUGUGUAUUGAACUCCAUGCACGGGAUUUUUCCCCCCUUGGAUCUGUUUGAUACGUUUUUGCUACAGAGUGUUCGUUUUUCGGGAACAUCAAACACGCUGGGUUUAAAUACGAUACAGUGUAGCUACAUGCAUUAGCGCGUGUGGUUUUUUUUUUUUUCCUCCUACGGGUUGUUUGCAUCGUAUUUAACAAAUAAGUAAAGAAAUAAAUAAAUAAAACAAUAAACCUUUCUAGCACUUCGGACACCCCUGUGUCAUCAUGAUAUUAGGUCAGCUCAGCUCUCAGCUCAUUAGGAUCAGGACACUCCGAUGCCGCCAUCUCCACUGCGCUCUCUUCUGCCUCCUGACCAUCGCGGCUGCGCUCGGAGCUCAGGCGUCAUAUCCUCACUCCAGCGACUGCCUGCCUGACAAAGGCAAAGAAUGUCCAGAUUUGUCUGAGAAGAAGAGUGAUUUGCGAGUGUGUGACAAAUCCACAUGUCGCUUCGGUGGAAUCUGCAGGGACAGUAGUGCCGACCCGAAAUGUGUUUGCCAGUUUCAGUGUCAUGAAAAAUACAUCCCUGUGUGCGGAUCGACCGGGGACACCUAUCAGAAUGAGUGCUACCUGAAACAAGCAGCCUGCACACAGCAACAUCACAUCUCUCUAGUCUCUCCUGGACCCUGUGAUCCUGAUAGCAGCUCAGGGUCUGGGGAUGGAGAUGACGAAGGAUCUGGUACAGAUUCAAGCAAGAAACUCACUAAAUGUAGCAACUGCAAAUACGGUGCUGAAUGUGAUGAGGAUUCAGAGGAUGAGGACUCGUGUUCAUGUAAAAUUGACUGCAGUGGGCAUAAUGAGAAUCCAGUGUGUGGUACAGAUGGAAACUCCUACAACAACCCUUGCCUUGUACGGGAAGCUUCAUGUCUGAAACAGGAACAGAUUGAUGUUAAACAUCUAGGAAGAUGCCCAGAUAAGGGAAAGAAAAUUGAUGAUGGAUUGCCUUACAAGCCUGAUCUUUUUGGCACAGCAGAUCCAGGAGAAGGGAAAGGAUACGGCUGGAUGCCAGUUCCCUGCACAGACGACAACUUUUGUGUUCAUGGCCACUGUGAAUACAAAUUUGGACAUUCCUCUUGUCGGUGCGAUUCUGGGUACACAGGACCACGGUGUGAGGAAGUUGCUGAUUUUAACAUACUGUAUGUGGUGCCCAGCGGUCAGAAACUGCACUACGUACUCAUAGCUGCUAUAAUCGGAGCAGUGCAGAUAGCCGUCAUUGUGGCCGUCGUUAUGUGCAUCACCAGGAAAUGCCCUAAGAAUAACCGAGGACGUCGACAAAAGCAAAACUUGGGUCAUUUCUCAUCAGACACCUCGUCCAGGAUGAUGUAGCCUGUUUUAUUUGAUUUUUUUUUUUUUUUUUGCUUUUAUAUCUUUUGUACCAUGUGGAUUGCAUUUUAGAGUACCUUUUGUUUUUAUUUGACGCUUAUCUGUGGACGAUAUGUUUAUUUUCGGUGCCUUAUUGUUCAUUUCCUUCUGGACAUUUAAGGAGCUUGUUGACAGUACGAACCACUGCCAACUAAACCACGAAAGCCAGCUUUUCUUUGUCUACAUUUUCCCCCCGUUACUUAUUUUUAUUACGUGUUUGUGAAAUGAUUUUGGUACAGAUGCUGUACACUUUGUUCACUGAAUGUGUUUAUUUUGGUGAGCGCAGCUGAACACCAAAUGGAGUUGGUUAUGUAUGACAAAGCGGCAGCAGUUUUUAAAAGGUAAUUCCAGACAAUUGAAUGCAGUGUGGAUGGAUGACUAGUUAAUGUUGCAAUGUUAAAAUGUGUGUAGAUUUUAAUUUGUAAUUUUAUUGGUGGCGUCCUUGAUAAAAUUAUCCUUAAUUUAACUCUAGACACUGCAUAUCGCAUGAAACUGUGUCAAGUGAUGUAGAUAUUAAAUAAAUUGUCUUCUGA